GUUUGAAUGAAGAACAGGCGGUUGACGUUUACUCCUGCUGCUGGUUUGUUUACUUCAUUCAAAUACAUUUUCUUUAGCAAAUAUUUAGGUAAGUAGCUGUUCAUAUUAACCACAUGAAAUAGCUCAAUGACUUAUGUACAGCGCUUUGUAGCCGAAUAAUUUAAAUAGGGUCACGUUUCAUAACGUUAACCAUCUAACGAGGGGGUAACGUUAACUCUAGCUAACGUUAGACACUAGUUAGCUAACGUUACACAAAUGUCCCCGUGAAGUUCAAAUUCUGCAUGACCUCUGUCCUUUAACACAAUUAAUAAUAUGCUCAAUGGUAGGCUUAUUAGCUAAUUUCAGUCAACGUUAUAUCUUCCAUAGUUAACGUUACCUAGCUACCUACAUCAGGAGUGUAUUCAUUCCGCCGAUUCUGUUGCAAAACGUUUCUUAAACGGAACGAAACGGGAGGGACUUACAUGAAUUUGUCCAAUAGACGUUUUGCAACGGAAUCCGACAAAUGAGUACACCCCAGCAAUUUUGUCUAAACGCUUCCUAGCCAGGCAAGUUGGUAACAGGUCUGAUAUGACUCCAACAAUUAUACCAGGUUGUUUGUAUUCUGACAGUAGUAGCCCAGCCACACAAGCCUUCAUCAUGUCCACGAGAAGAUCGCAUACAUUUGCCGAGACCAUGGUAAGAUUUGCAUUUCAUACAUGUAUUAUGAAGGUACCAAACAGAAUGUUCGACCAUAAUUGUGUCGCUAACAUUAGCUAGCUAGCUAGUUAGCUAAAUUGUUUAUCAAUAACUGGAUGAUGGCUUCUCUCAAUGUACCCAGCCUUCAACAAGAUCUGGAGAACGCACCCCAUUGAGGUGUGUCCAGAAUGAAAUUGCGCAUCUCUCAACCCCAUCUUCUAGACUCAAAUCGAGAUCAAGGUCGGGCAACAAUAUCCUCAAAACACCCAAGGUAUGAUGAACAGCCAAGCUAUGGGCCUAUGGCUCCCAUUCACUGAACUAUUGUUAGAAAUUGUAACUUUACCUUAUACUUCUCCCUACAGAAUGAUGGUGUGUUCAUCUACCCAGAUCGGUUAACAUAUGGCCCUCAACCAGCUGAGGUCCAAUGCACCCCUAGUGUUCCAAAGCCCAGUGAUAAAACUACUACCAGUGAUACAGCUCCUACCACUGAGGACACAGCUGUUGAUACAAGAUUUGGAGACAUUACCUUCAAGUCCUUCAUCUGUGCUGGGGGUGAGGUUGAGGUUUCAGACCCCUCAAGGGUUGUAGACGAAACCAUCAUCCUACCCAAAAAUCAAUUGAACAUCUCUUCUCUUCCUGGCUAUGAAAAUGAAAACACAUGUCUCUCUGACAGUAUGGUUACUCAAUGCUGCGACAACCAUGUGGAUCACGUCUAUUGUGAUUUGGAAAACGAUUUGGCCACAACUGAAGCUGAUCUAUCCUUUAAUGGGGGUUCAAACACCAGUCUUAGUGUUCCACAGUUCACAGAUAUAGCCCCACGUCACUGGCGGACAGGGAGAUGUAACAUUUAAAUCUUUCAUCUGCACCGGAGGGGAGGUGGAAGUUUCAGAGGCUUCCAGGGUGGCACAUGAUACUAUAGUCCUACCAAAGGAUCAGCCUGCAAACCACCAUCAGCCAUACAAUGACAGUAUAUAUCCAACUGUUAUAGUAGAUGACUUGGACAUGCAGUCCAUCGAUGACCGCGCAGAUCACCUCUAUUGUAAUAUGGCCGCCUCUAGUGUAGACCUUUCCUUCAAAGAACCCACACAUUGUAGUCUUCAAAGUAGUACUUUGAAAUCCAUAGAGCUGGUUCAUAACAAUGACGAGUCAACUGGUGUUCAAAAUGCCAUUGGCGGACAAGCAGAUGUGACAUUCAAAUCCUUCAUCUGCGCUGGGCUUGAGGUUGAAGUCUCAGAGUCCACCAGAGUGUCCGAAGACACUAUCCUCCUACCUGAGAAUCAGACUGUGACCAGUCAUCUACUGUACAACCACAGUGUCAACCCAAGCAUCAUAGAGGAGCAGUCCUCCGAUCAUGCAGAACACCCUUAUUGCCAUGUGGAAACUGAAGGUGCCGUGUCAAAAGCGGACACCCCUGCCAUCAGUGAGCCCUCAAUGGGAAAUGCAUCCUUAAGAUCAUUGAAGGACCUGGAUGAUGUCGCCUGUCAGCUUUUCCCUGAAGGCCCCAAACAGGGUUCUUCUCUCCAUGCUGAAGACAGCGUCCUGGCUCCAUCUAUACAGUUGGAAUCUGAUAGCUCCCAUUGCAAUGAGUUUGGAGCCUCGGCCAGGAGCUCCACACCUGUAGAUGAAGACAACCCAUCGAUAGUCUCUCGCUCCCAUUCUCAUGGUUCAUUGCACGAGUCCAGUGGGGCCAGAGACAGCGCGCUGGGUUCAAGCAGUAACGCUCCUCUUCCCUCCAACACUACAGACGACGCGAGCUCUGAGAACAUUGCUGACGUGUUGACUGAGCUACCCGAGAUCCCCUCUGUAGCGAGGUGGGCCGGCGGUGGUGAUGCUUUACAGUUUGAGCUCUUCAGCCCCGUUCUUAGCGCAACCCCCAUGACCAGAAGAGGGGGCGUUCAGAAAUUGUCUUUUGCCCAAAUGGAGGAUUCCGCUCUGGAAACCGGCAGGGGCUGUGUCCCCAUCAACUCUGCGGAGGGUAGCUUCGUAGUCCCGGCCAACCCAGACAGCCGACUCUGGGCGGCCGUCCUGGAGAGCCCCAUGCCUCUGCCAAAGUUCAACUCCACGGCAGUGGGUGCCGCAUCGACCCGCAAGCCCCCUCCUUCUCCAGACCCAGUCACAGAGACUGUGGAGAUGAGGCCAGAGGUGGAUGUGCCUCGUGUAAAAUCCCAACCCAAAGUGGAGAUGGGUCUUUUUGAUCAUUUACCAGGGUUGGUUCGUGAGGAGCCCUUGCAGCAGCAACUCAUCCAGAUGGCUCAGCUCCUCAUCCUGGCAUCGGGCAAGAUGGCCGCUGUUAGCAACCCUGCCCUGGCCCUUACACCCGCUCCCGCCCCUCCUGUAGUGGGCACUACAGCGGGCACCGUGGCUGUAGAGUGCCACAGCAUGUGUGUUGGCACCACUCCAGUGAGGCGGGCAGACCGCAGUGCCAACACCUCUGGUCAGUUUGAGAGGAAGAGGGAGUUCUCGGUGUCCGACGCCUGCACCAGCACCGACUCUCUGCUCUGGAAGUGAGUGUGUUUUUGUGAGUGAGAACUGUGUAGAAUGUUCUGUAUUUAUGUCAUAUGAACCAUGUAAACAUAGUUUUUUGGUGUUUGUUUGUCUGAGAGAAGUGUGCACAAGCAGCGUUUGUGUGUAUAUGAGAACUGUGUUAUUGACUAUUUUCUCCCUGUAUCUCUCUUUCUCUCUCUCUCUUUCUGUCUGUGUCUCUGUCUGUGUGUGUGUGUCAGUCUGGCCCCUGGGAGCCUGUGCAGGGUUCCCAGACAGGAGCUGGAGCAGAGGCUGACCACCACUCUUAUCAUGGUGGAGGCCCUGGUGCAGCAGCUGUGCACAGCCAGGGGACAGGGCCACUCUAGGGGACCCGGGCCCUCAGAACUCAGGGACAAGCUGGUCCAGACAGACCACACUGAGCUCAGCCAGACGGUAACCUACAAAGACCUGUAUGUGACGGCCCUGGAGAGGAUCAAGGAGCUAGAACUGGACCAGACCACUCUACAGAACCUGGUCCACAGCAUGCAGGACACCAGGAGCACCAUGACAGCCCUGAGUGGAGACACUGAGGCUGCUCUCAGCAGCAUGAGGCAGAUAAGAGAUCUGGUUAAAGAGGACCAGCAGAGCCUGGCUACACAGUAUGGUCAGAUGAAGUCCCUGUAUGAGAAGUGCAAGGAGUCCCAGGGCAGGAUGGUGCAGAAGGUGCGAGACACCCUGCAGCAGAGAGAGGACAUGAGGAGACGGAUGGAGGAGGCUUUCACCGCCAAGGGCCACGCCUUCAGUGUGACAGAGCAGCUGAGGGCUCACUGCGCCAUGCGUAUCUCUGAGCUGGAGGAGAGUGUGGGUUCUCACCAGGAGCUGAUGGCUGCCCUGACCAAGACCUACCCAGAACAGGUACCACAAUAUUUUUAUAUAUGUCCACUUAGGAAGCAACACUGAUUGACAAUACAUUUCACAUGCUGUUGUGCAAAUGGAAUAGACAACAGGGGGAAAUUACAUGCAAUUAGCAAGACACCCCCAAUAAAGGACUGGUUUUGCAGUUGGUGACCACAGACCACUUCUCAGUUCCUAUGCUUCCUGUCUGAUGUUUUGGUCACUUUUGAAUGCUGGUGGUGCUUUCACUCUAGUGGUAGCAUGAGACGGAGUCUACAACCCACACAAGUGGCUCAGGUAGUGCAGCUCAUCCAGGAUGGCACAUCAAUGCGAGCUGUGGCAAGAAGGUUUGCUGUGUCUGUCAGCGUAGUGUCCAGAGCAUGGAGGCGCUACCAGGAGACGUGGAGGAGGCCGCAGGAGGGCAACAACCCAGCAGCAGGACUGCUACCUCCGCCUUUGUGCAAGGAGGAGCAGGAGGAGCACUGCCAGAGCCCUGCAAAAUGACCUCCAGCAGGCCACAAAUGUGCAUGUGUCUGCUCAAACGGUCAGAAACAGACUCCAUGAGGGUAGUAUGAGGGCCCGACGUCCACAGGUGGGGGUUGUGCUUACAGCCCAAUACCGUGCAGGACGUUUGGCAUUUGCCAGAGAACACCAAGAUUGGCAAAUUCGCCACUGGGGCCCUGUGCUCUUCACAGAUGAAAGCAGGUUCACACUGAGCACGUGACAGACGUGACAGAGUCUGGAGACGCCGUGGAGAACGUUCUGCUGCCUGCAACAUCCUCCAGCAUGACCGGUUUGGCGGUGGGUCAGUCAUGGUGUGGGGUGGCAUUUCUUUGGGGGGCCGCACAGCCCUCCAUGUGCUCGCCAGAGGUAGCCUGACUGCCAUUAGGUACCGAGAUGAGAUCCUCAGACCCCUUGUGAGACCAUAUGCUGGUGCGGUUGGCCCUGGGUUCCUCCUAAUGCAAGACAAUGCUAGACCUCAUGUGGCUGGAGUGUGUCAGCAGUUCCUGCAAGAGGAAGGCAUUGUUGCUAUGGACUGGCCCGCCCGUUCCCCAGACCUGAAUCCAAUUGAGCACAUCUUGGACAUCAUGUCUCGCUCCAUCCACCAACGCCAAGUUGCACCACAGACUGUCCAGGAGUUGGCGGAUGCUUUAGUCCAGGUCUGGGAGGAGAUCCCUCAGGAGACCAUCCGCCACCUCAUCAGGAGCAUGCCCAGGCGUUGUAGGGAGGUCAUACAGGCACGUGGAGGCCACACACACUACUGAGCCUCAUUUUGACUUGUUUUAAGGACAUUACAUCAAAGUUGGAUCAGCCUGUAGUGUGGUUUUCCACUUUAAUUUUGAGGGUGACUCCAAAUCCAGACCUCCAUGGGUUGAUACAUUUGAUUUCCAUUGAUAAUUUUUGUGUGAUUUUGUUGUCAGCACAUUCAACUAUGUAAAGAAAAAAGUAUUUAAUAAGAUUAUUUCAUUCAUUCAGAUCUAGGAUGUGUUAUUUUAGUGUUCCCUUAAUUUUUUUGAGCAGUGUAUACAGUCUGAGAUCAGGGCUAGAGGCAAUUUACCUGGUUCCCGGCUUAUGCUUAUUUGUUUGCCCGUGUGUGUCCUCACUCAGGUUACAUUGAACAAGGCCUACGUGGAAUCCCUCAACUCUGCAUCGGAGCUCUUGAGAGGAACCAUGAGCGAGCACGCCAGUCUGCAUCAAGAGGUACGUGUUAACCUGUAGGCUACAUUGCCUUGUCAGGAGGGAAGCAAAGGGAUCAAAAAGGUUGCAAUGUAUGUGUUGUGUUUUAUUCUGUACGACGUGUGUGUAAGAUGUCAUAUUCUCCCCAGCUGAAAACCGCCAGGCGUCUCCUCCAGAGGACAACUCCUAUACUGGUGAAGCUGAAUGAGAAGGCAGCCAACGCAAUAGGAGAGAGAGACCAGCACCUCUCAGAGAGAGACCAGGCUGUGGAGGAGAGAGAGCAGGUCUGACCUCCCUUUCUCUCUUAUCUUCCUCAUCUCCCACACCUCCCAAUGUCUCUACUACCUGUUAUAUUCACUCUAUUCUCUGUUCUUAUCUUCUGUAACUCAUCAACUCGUCUCUCCACAAUGUUAUGGCUUCAUUCUAAUGUGUCGUGGCUCACUUCUAAAUGACAGAUCCAAGAGGAACUGGACCAAACCAACCUGAGUCUCCAAGAUGCCAGACAAGAGAUUGGGGACUUGAAUCUGCAGGCCACUAUCAUGAAUUCAGGUAGGAAUUGAAACAAACCAUUGAAGAUAGCGUUCGAGUUUCAAGUGUUCUUGUGAUAAGUUUAAAAAAUAAGUGAUAAUAUAUUCAUUUUCUAGCAUUGUCACUCUCUCUUUUUUGCUGUCGCUCUCCCUCCCUCCCUCUCUCAGAGUUGGGUGUUCUGCGUCAGAAGCUGAGUGAGGGAGAGGAGGAGCGGGCUCAGCUGGAGAGGAAGGUCACGGAGCUGUCUGCCACAGUCUCCUCUACCCUGGCCUCCUAUGCCUUCCUAGAGCAGGCCCUGGCCGCAGAGUCCACCAAGUCGGUUCAAAGUUCACUCUAAGCUGUUAUGGUGCUUCAACUAUGGCAGUUGUCAAUUUAAAAUAUAGAUUUUUUUAAAUAGAGAAAAAUAACCUUAACUGUGUUAUUUCAGGUUGCAGCAGUCAUGGCAGGAAAUCCAGCAAGCUACCGACAGGGCCAACCAGUAAGUGAACUCCCCAGCUACCUCAUUUCUGUUAUUAACACUACUAUUUAAAUCAGUAUUUUACAGUUGAAAUGGGCUAUUCUGAUUUAAAAAAAUGUUUAGCCCCAUCACAUUGCAGCUAUAAAGAUGAUUUAACUAAGACACAUACCUUUAGCUAUUUGUAAUCAAUAAUACACAUUGGUUUAAUUAUUAAGGCAUGUUUAGCCAUUGAGUUUAAUUAAGCAAUAAGGCAUGAGAACCCGGGGAUAACUCCUGUGUAAGGGAUGUUCUUAGGACCGAAUCAAGGCAGAGGGAACAGAUGGAAUUCUGAGUGUUUACAGUUUCCAUGGUGAAUAAUUCGUUUCAAGAUCAAUCCUUCUGGCAGGAGAAAUCACAUUUGUAAAAUGAUACAUUGUUGCAAGGUCGUAGAGGCAGACAUUUGGGUUUAUACAACCCCCAACUGUUGCAAACCAAAUAGUAGCAUGGAAAAAGUAAUGGGCUGCAGGACAGUGGAAUUAUGACAUUAACACGUCAUUCUAUUUUGCGGGAGUUGUCCCACAUAUCAACCAAUCAGCAUCCAGGGUCCAAACAACCUGUUUUAUAACAUGAAUUGAACCCCUCCUGUGUCCAGGUUGGAGGGUGCGUUGGUCCAGUCAGAGCAGCGUGUAUGUGAGCUGUCCCAGGCUCUGGCCCACAGCGAGGAGCAGCUGAUCCAGCUGCAGAGCCACUCCCACAGCCAGAGCCUGCAGCUGCAGAAGCUCCAUGAAGUCCGCAAGCAGCUCAACAGCGUGAUGGAGACGAACGAGGUAGGGGGACCACUGGAUCGCUCUCUGCAGUGCUGGAUGUGGUGGGGCUUUUUCUCUUGCUUUUUUCUGUCUGUCUUUCUCUGCUCCUUACCAGUCUCUCUCUCUCUCUCUCUCUCCUUCUUUUACUCUGUAUAUCUCUCUCUUUCUCUCCUCUCACUCUCUCUUCCUGUGUGCUGAUUCUAAACUCAGCCGUGAUGUGCGCUGUGUGUAACAGCUCUGUACCUCCUCAUCUCCUGUGUAGUUCCUACAGAUGGAGAAUGAUAUGGCCAGGGAGCAGGUGGUGGAGAGCGAGGGGACCCUCCGGGCUAACCUACAGGGGCUCAGGGAGAGGAACAUCCAGUGUGAGGACCUCAAAGGAGCCCUCAGCCAACUCCAGUAAGACCCAUCACUAGUACCACUCACUGUGGAGUCAUAUUACAUUUAGUUAUUAGAAAUAAUAGUUUUAAAAUUAAUUCUUUAUGAGUUGAGCUGUGAUGUGUUCUGGUGGUGUGUGUGGGAGGGGGGUUGUCUCGUUUGACUACAUGGGACAUGGUUAUUACAAACAAUUGAACAAUUGUCUUGAGCUGAUCUGGUGUGUGUGUGUGUGUGUGUGUGUGUGUGUGUCAGGGCUGAGAGGGAGGCGUUGCAGGCAGAGUUGGAGGACAGUAAGGCCAGAGCCCAGUUGGUCCAGUUGGACCUGGCAGAGCAGCUAGCCCAGGCUGUUACUGAUGUCACCCUGGUACACCACACACUGAGACAGCUGACCAACGAUGUUCACACUGCUCUGACCACCAAGGUAAUCACACACACCCUGGUACACCACACACUGAGACGACUGACCAAUGAUGUUCACACUGCUCUGACCACCAAGGUAAUCACACACACCCUGUUACACCACACACUGAGACCGCUGACCAACGAUGUUCACACUGCUCUGACCACCAAGGUAAUCACACACACCCUGGUACACCACACACUGAGACAACUGACCAACGAUGUUCACACUGCUCUGACCACCAAGGUAAUCACACACACCCUGGUACACCACACACUGAGACGACUGACCAAUGAUGUUCACACUGCUCUGACCACCAAGGUAAUCACACACACCCUGGUACACCACACACUGAGACGCUGACCAACGAUGUUCACACUGCUCUGACCACCAAGGUAAUCACACACACCCUGGUACACCACACACUGAGACAACUGACCAACGAUGUUCACACUGCUCUGACCACCAAGGUAAUCACACACACCCUGGUACACCACACACUGAGACGACUGACCAACGAUGUUCACACUGCUCUGACCACCAAGGUAAUCACACACACCCUGGUACACCACACACUGAGACAACUGACCAACGAUGUUCACACUGCUCUGACCACCAAGGUAAUCACACACACCCUGGUACACCACACACUGAGACAACUGACCAACGAUGUUCACACUGCUCUGACCACCAAGGUAAUCACACACACCCUGGUACACCACACACUGAGACAACUGACCAACGAUGUUCACACUGCUCUGACCACCAAGGUAAUCACACACACCCUGUUAAACCACACACUGAGACAGCUGACCAACGAUGUUUACACAUUGCACACACCCUGUACUAGUCCGUAGAAGACCCACUCUGUCCUGGUGUGUGGUGUUAUUUCAGAAGCCAGAGGCCUGUGGUAAAGACGAGGUGUCCCAGCCCUCCCUCCACUUUGCGCGUCAUCCCUCAACCUCCUUCGUGGACAGCAUCAUGGUAGCCAUCACCACUGACCUGGCACAGGCCAACGACACACAGCCCCCCUUAGACAUGACAGAGGAGCCACGAGCUGAAGGGUUGGGCAGCGAGAUCAGUGCCUUCACCCGCCUCGCCCCAACACCUAAGAAGUGUCAAGGUGAGGCCUCCAUCGCAUCUCCAUGCGUUCCCCCUUACUGUUAGCCCCAGGUUACUGUUAGCCCCAGGUUACUGUUAGCCCCAGGUUACUGUUAGCCCCAGGUUACUGUUAGCCCCAGGUUACUGUUAGCCCCAGGUUACUGUUAGCCCCAGGUUACUGUUAGCCCCAGGUUACUGUUAGCCCCAGGUUACUGUUAGCCCCAAGUUACUGUUAGCCCCAGGUUACAGUUUUCAGUGAAGUAUAUGGGUUUUGUUCAGUAGGGUACACUGUAGCAAAACUUUACAACAAAAAACUAAAAUCUGUGUUCAUAUUGGACAAGAUCAUGUAGCACCUCCCCUGUUUCACUGUUUCAAAAUGUUUAGUACCUACUGAACACAACCCAGUUGUUUGUCUGUAUUGAUGUGUCCAGGGCCCAGUCAUUAAAUGCCUUCACUUCCCUUCCCUUCCUGGUCUCUAGUGGUGCCUCCAGAGGAGGAGCAGAGUAGCGUGGUGGAGCUGCUGGCAGACCUGGCUAACACCGUCUCUGAGCUCAGCUCUGCCAUCACACAGCUACGACAGAGCAAGGACACCGAGCAGGAGGCACUGAACAACACCAUGUAAGCACUGUGACGUGUGUGUGUGUGUGUAAGGCAUUUAUUUUGUGUUGAGAUGUGACGCUUACAAUUUCUCCUUUAAUUAAGCAUUACAUUAUUUUAUUGUGUGUUUUAUUUACCUUUCUGGUCUCCCUAAGUCAGUGUUUCCCAAACGGCACAUUUUUGUUAUAGCCCCGGACAAACACACCUGAACUCGUUGAGGGCUUGAUGAUUAGUUGACAAGUUGAAUCCGGUGUGCUGUUGGGGGUACUGGAGGACAAGUAGGGAAACACUGCCCUAAGUCAACUUCCAUCACAUUAGGAGGAAACCCAGGGUUUCCCAAACUCUGUCCUCGGGACCCCAAGGGGUUUGCAUUUUGCCCUAGCACUACACAGCUGAUUCAAAUAAUCAACUAAUCAUCAAGCUUUGAUGGACAGCGUUUGGGAAACGCUGAGUAAACAUAACCUAUAAUUGUGUUGCUAUACAAGUUGUGGGCUGCAGGGGGAGCAGCAGGCUCAGGCCCACAGACACAGGGCUGAGGUGUCCGAGCUGAGGGGCCAGCUGAGCCGUCUCCAGACCCAGCUAGACCGGGACCAGGUGGCUCUGCAGAACAAGGCCCAGGUGAGACACUACACUGCUCUCAGAUCAGACCUUACAACUAAAAAAACUCAAGUUUUAGUUACAUUUAACUGUUCACCUGCCUUAAAUCCUGUAUUUGUGAGCAUAUUGGCAAAGUGCUGCCAAUCAAUGUUCUACUUGUGCAUUAUAGAUUAUUUGACUGCAAAAUCUAGACAUUUCUUAUUACUUUCUUGGCUACAGGACAUGAUACAUAUCAUGUCUGAUUACUUGACUGACAUGGUAUUUUGGUGAAUAGUGGUCCGUGUGAGUUCUGUGUAUGACUGAGGCUGAACCCAGGUCAUUUGUUCUGUUUUACCAGGAGAUUGACACUAUGAAGAGGAUCUGCAGUGAAGUGAACGAGGCCAGGGAGUUUCUUUACAUGCACAAAACUGAGAACAAAGUAAGGGACUGUAUAGGUUUUUUACAAAAAAAGACUUGGUUGGCUACAUUCACUUUAUUACGUCUUCCUAAAAGUUCAGUUCUUAGGCAACGUUUUAUCCUGGUAAAUUGUCAUCUAUAUGCCAUGAUGUGCUUCCAUGUAGCCUAUGUAACGUUGCUGCUGUGUUCUGUAUUUGUGCUCUGUAGGAGCUGCGGAGGGAGGUGGCGGAACUGCACCGCUCUCUGCACCAAUCACAGGUGGAGUCCCAGGCUCUGAGGGACGAGCUAAGAAACACCGGCAACCAAUCGGCGCACAGCAUGCAUUCCAUGGACGACAAGAUCCGCCUACUGAAAGAGGUACAAUCCAGACCAUAGGUUGACUAUUAUCCCUUUAAGAACUGCUAGGGCUGUCCUAUGGUGUCCAUGUCCCUGCUGUCCCCAAACCUAGACACUGGCUGUUCUGCACAAAUAUAUUUCCAUCUGAAUGCUCCACAGUGCCUUACAUGACCCAGCCCUGGGUUGUUUUACAUCGGCCACCAUUACAUCUCACACACAUCCCCUCACACCGACCCUGCAGCCUUGAAAGACCAAGCAAUCCUCUCCCUCCAACACUAGUUGUCUUUGACACGCAGUAGGACCUUAAACGCUGUCUCCUCCACAGGUGGAAAGACUAAAGAGGACUCUGUUGGAAGCAGAGGAAGGAAGAGUAAAGCUUCUGGAGAGAGCCAAGAGACAUGUAAGUGUCUAUACCAUCUGUACACAAGUUACUACAAUGCUUAAAGUUACAAUCCUUAAUUGAAACGAUAACAAAGCGUCACCCCGCCUCUGAUUUGGUAAUAAUUAGAGGGAUGGGACUAGAGAAAUGUAAGCACUCUCAAAUUCAUAGGCAGAGCUAUGGAUGGAAGGAGUGACCAUCUAUGAUAUCGAAAUUAUAGUUUUAACCAUGUUUUGAGGCUAUAAAGUGUUUGUUUACAUUGUUUACAAACCGUUGGAGUAAAACAAGCUUCUAUUUUGGGUUCUGAUGGGGUAUGACAGUUGAACUAAACUCGAGGAAUUUAUAAGUUAUAUUCUUCAAGAAUCAAUGGGUGUGUAUAAUUAAUUUAUAAGUCCAAAAAUGGAUGUUGCAGCUAAGGAUUCCAGCUUUAAGGAAAGUGCUGAAUAUGUAGUGUACCAGUCACAACCGCCAUAUGUAUCCUUUUACACUGCUACUCUGUUUAUUACCUAUGCAUACUCACUUUAACUCUACCCACGUGUACAUAUUACCUCGACUAACCGGUGCCCCGCACAUUGACUUUGUACCGCUACCCCCUGUAUAUAGCCUCCCUAGUGUUAUGUUAUUUUACUGCUGCUCUUUAAUUAUUUGCUAUUUUAAUUUUUUACUUGAUCUAUUUUUUACUUAACACUUUUUUGUAUUACUUUUUUUUACAUUUAAACUGCAUAAUUGGUUAAGGGCUUGUAAGUAAGCAUUUCACUGUAAGGUUUACACCUGUUGUAUUCGGCGCAUGUGGCAAAUGACAUUUGAUUUGAAGUGGUAUCCAAUGCACAAGUCACCAUCUUCAAUAUUCUUCUGUGUCUCUGCAGCAACUGAUCCACGACACCAACCAGAAGAAAGUGGAGAAGGAACUUCGAGUCCUUGACGAUAUGAUUGAGACAGUCAGAAAGGUGAGAGGCCAGGGAUAUACAUUUUUCUGUUUGAAAUUUUAAAGGUAGAUUCAGCGAUAUGACGUAGAUGCAGAAAGUAAACAGCACAGUGGGUACAUUUCCGCAAUAACGAAGAGCGUUGAAGCACGAGGCUCCACUUCUCCGCUGUUUUGGUCCCGUGGCUACCAAGUUGUAAAAGCAUGAUGCGACUCCGUGCACAUGCGCAGCUACUGUGUGAGAGCGAAGUCUUGCAUCUCGCUCAUCUCAAUAUCUGCAGUGCUGCUCGUGGCAACGUCAUUCCACUGAGUCUACCUUUAAUAGAAAUUGUAAUAUUCAUAUCUGUGUUACUUGGUGUAUAUUGAUAGUUUGGCAUUAGACUUGAGACACUUUUUCCUUCUUUCUCUACAGACUUUGUCUUCUGUUCCUGACGUUGUCAAGAACUGCAAGGAACUCAAGACUCUAGUGGACUAUCUUGGU